AUGCUGGUCGUCAACACGGACGGCAGCCUCGCUGUCGCGCUGGACCCCGACCGCGAACACGAGCUACAAGCAGUUUCGUGGGGGUGCCAGUCAUGUCCAGAGGAAAGGGAGGCGGCAGUGGACCGCGCAGUGCGCGAGAACCAGGCUCGCAGGGGGCGGCGGGUGCUGGCGCGACGCACGAGCCGCUGCUCCGGCUUCGUGUGCUUGCUGUUGACGAUGGCGCUGGUGCUUGGCUCCGCGGUGGGCGUUGCCUUCGUGUUCGUCGGAUUCGACGGUCCAAGCUGCGGCGGGCUCUUCGCGCGUCGAAGCCGCGAGUGCCGGAACGACCGCGACAACAACUCGCGAAACGACAACUCGCGGCUGCGGCUGCGCAGCUUGCUGCCCGCCGCGGACACGCGAGGGGCGCACGCACCGGCUCUAUCCGCAGCACGGCGAAGACUUGCGAUGGGCGCACCAUGA